AUGGAGUCAAAAGACACCAUAAUCAUGCCAGACCAACCAGUAACAAUGGGGCAACUAUUGCAACUAUUCUCACAGUUAAACACCAAUAAAUCACCUCCACUGCCAUCUGAAACACCCACAAGCACCACCACAAUUUCGAUUCCCACAUUCUCAAUAUCAGAAAAGUUAACUCACCAGAAUUACACCAUGUGGUCCAGGUUGAUGCAAUUAGCCCUAAGUGGUCGAGAUCGGCUCAAUCAUAUCAUCGCUGACCCACCACCACAAACAGACCAAGAGUACAGCCAAUGGACCAGGCGAGAUUCAGUGGUUAUUUCAUGGAUAAUCGAAAGCAUUCACCCGGAUUUAGUUAACCAAUUUAUCGAUUUCUCAACCGCAAAGACUCUUUGGAAAGGAAUCGAAACCGUAUAUAGCAGUGGAACUGCCGGUCUCCAAAUUUUUUACCUCACUGUCAAAGCCAAUAAAAUCGAACAACAAACCGACACAUUGGAAAAAUAUUAUAGCAAAUUAAUAACUCUGUGGAAGGAAAUCGAUAGGAGGCAACCAAACCCGAUGAAAGACCCAGAAGACAAAAUUAUUUACAAUCAAUUAACCCAAAAAAAUCGAUUGUAUCAAUUUCUUGCAGGGGUAAAUGAAACGUUCGACAAAGAGAGAAGAGAUCUCCUCCUCCAAGAUCCUUUACCCACUGCAGAGGAGGCAUAUGCUUUCAUAAGGAGGGAGAUAAUGAGAAGGGGAAUCAUGAAAAAGGAGCCCUCAUCGGAGUUAGAAUCAUCGGGCUCAGGGGGCGUUUUUGCUGUCAGAGGGAGAUCGGAGAGAUCUUACCGGAAAAACGAUGAAAGGAGCCAUCUUCAAUGUACCCACUGUGGUGGGAUGAGACACACGAAAAGUGAGUGCUUCAAGCUUGUGGGAUACCCGGAUUGGUGGCCAGACACGAGGAAGAAAAGGGAAAAAAUGGCCGGUCAACUUUCCGAUCAGUCAAGAUCUGGAAGAGCAGCGAUGGUUUUAGGCACCGGUACAAAAUCAGACGAAAGCAUGGCAGCCAUGGUUCAAAACUCAGAAGGAUAUGAAGGUAACAGAGAAAGGCGAAAACUGAGAGAGAAAGAAGAAGGAAGUGACCCUUCAAAUGAAGGUCACCCAGGUUUUAAAGGGAUAUGGAAGGGCGACGUGGCCUCCUAUCUUCCACCCGUUUUUUCUUUUGCUUGCAAAAAUAAUUUGUCAAAUUGGACUAACGAGUGGAUUCUUGAUUGCGGAGCUACGGACACGAUGUCUUAUGAUCAAAAUGAUUUUUUAAAUCAUGACCGACCGGAAAAAAAAUCUCAUUGA